AUGAUCACAACACAGACGAGGAACGAGCCCUACUCCUCAACGGCGGCAGAAUUAGGAACCAUGGAGACAAAGGAGCUACUACGUGAAGAACGAGGGGAUCGAGGACCCUCCUUGCCCGUGCAGGUCCUCACACUCAAAGCUCGACUGGACGGGCUGCUGCGGGCCGGACACGACGGCGUUGAUAGCGGCCACCACCUCACGGUCACCGAGGCUUUAACGUCGGUGACAAGAGAACACGCUGCUCUGCGGGAGUGCUUGGGCGACGUUGAGCGGGAGCUGUUGACAGCGAGGCGGAAGGUUGAGCAGGAUGCGGCCUCGAGGCUACAGGCAGCGCAACAGAAGAGGGCGCGGGCGGAAGCGCGGAGGGUCAGACACUUCGAGCAGUUGGGCGAGGCGAGGAAGACCGCGGUGGUAGCCAAGACGGAGGCUGAGGCGUUGCGCGCCAGGGUAGCGGACGGAGCGACGGAGCUUCGACACGCGAGAGACAUGCUGGAAACCGCACGAUCCGCGGCUUCAGCGGCGCAGGACCGGGCCGACCAGUGCCAGAAGGAAGCGACCGUGGCUGAGCUUUGCGAGAGAAAGCGAGAGCUCGAAGUGGAUGCCGCUACUCGAGCGGCAGAGGCGCGGGAAAGGGCAGCGGAGGAGCAGCUCAAGCGCCUCCCCGAACACCAGCAACAGCUGCUCCAGGCAGAAAAGGACCGCGUAGUGAGAUGGGAGGAGCGCCUGGCAGCCGAAGCCGCGAGUCUUCAGCGCAGGGAGGAAGCACACAAGAUUGAUAUGGAAGCGUGUCGAGCGCAGGUGCGCAGGAUGGAGGCGGAAACCCGGGCCCGUGUUGAAGAGGAUGCCUCGAGGGAGCGAUCGACUCUGACCAACGCCAGGUCGGCGUUCGAGAGGGAGAGGGGGGAGCUCUUGCGGCGUGUCGCGGCAGCCGAAUCGGCCGGUCAGGCAGCGAUAGCGGAGAUGGAGAAAGGCGUCGUUGACGAGGCAGAAGGGUUGGCCGAACAGCGGAAGGCGCUAGUGCUGGCAAGAGUGCGCUUGCACGAGCAUCAGAUGGAAAUGGUGUUGCAGAUGUCCGAGAUCCGGAAGGCACUGGAGGUAAUGAAGCGGGUCGACAGCAUCGAGGACGCGCCCGCCAGACGCCUGGCUCUCGAGCUGGGGACGCUGGCGUGCGACCGGGGGCAGAGUGCGGCGCGUCGGGCCGAAAACUCCGGGGAUUUUCUCGCCGCUGAUGGUGGUGAUGUCGGGACGCUCGCACGACGAGAGCGUGCGGUAUAUGGUAGCAGCGAUGGCAGGGGGAUUCAAAUUACGGCCGCCUCGUGCGAGGGAAGAGGUGGUCAAGGAGUGGAGGUUAGGGAUCGAUCCCACCAGCUGUUUCUGACACCGUGCGAAGAGACAGGGAGGGGGGCAACCGAUGUGAUGCGGAUGGGGGCCGGCGCGUAUGCCGACGAGGCGGGCGCGAGGGAAGCGCUGGACAAGGUGCGCUCCAUGAUAGCCUCGGGAGGAAAAGGGUGGGAAGUGGCAUCGGGAUCGGGUAGCGGCGGCGGCGGGGCCGAUGAAGGAGGCGGCAGCUGGGAGGGACUAUCGGUUCACGGAUGGGCACAGCGGCUGCAGGCGGCCGCGAUCGCCACUGGAGCAUAUCGGCUGCACAAUUAA